AUGAUACAAUUUCCCGUGAAACUUACAAGGAUGGCGAGUGCGGUAGAUGCUGUCGGGGAACCGAUUCCGACAUCGGCGGUGCUAAUGUCGGCAUCGAAGCACAUCGCCGGUAGAUGCAGAGGCGAAAAUCUAGCCUUCCUCAAAUGCAAGAAGGAUGAUCCCAACCCUGAGAAAUGUCUCGACAAAGGCAGCCAAGUUACCCGUUGCGUCAUGUCCCUGCUGAAAGAUCUUCAUCAGAAGUGCACAAAAGAGAUGGAUGCUUAUGCUGGGUGUAUGUACCACAAUACAGAUGAAUUUGAAUUAUGUCGCAAACAACAGAAAGAUUUUGAGAAAUCUUGUCCGUUAAGUUGAACCCAUGCUGCCCGAAUUUUCCGGGCAGUGUUUUCGGUCAUUGAGGUUGCCCUUGGAAAAGCUAAUUUGCAUUGUUCAGAUUGAAAAUAAGAUAUGAAUGUGUAAACUUUGGUAUCUGAUUGGAGUUUCCAUGUUUUUAUUGCGUAUUUUGUUGAUGAUUGUUGUAUGGAGUAAAACGUUUGUUUUAUCGGACAGCAUUUACUGCUUACUUGGUUAUUAUUUCCAAGGCCAAAGAC